AUGGAAGCCCUCUUCCAGCAAGUCCGUUCGCUCGCCCAGAGCGGCGACGAGGAGCAACGCAAGGAUGUCCUGGACUCGCUGCAGAGGUUGCGCAACUCGAUCGAGAAGCCGGACGAUACGAGCCUACAAAUGGCAGCCUUGCGGGUCGAAAUCGACCUCAGUCUAUUCAGCUCCCUUGCGGAGAGCGAAAAGCCUCUCGCUGUCGGUGAGCUGAGCGACAAAACUGGGGCAGAUCCGAUCUUCCUGGGCCGCAUGCUUCGUUACCUCGCGUCAUUCGGCGCCAUCAAAGAGGCCGACAAGGACACCUUCACCUCCACCAACAUCUCCUCCACCAUUGCCCCGUCAGGCUUCCAAGCCGCCAUCUGCCACUAUUUCGACACAAUGAACCCAGCCAUUCAAUCCCUCCCAAGCUUCCUCAAGGAAACCAACUACGAAUACCUCACGACCAACUGUGCUGGAAUGCCCACCUUCCUCGAUGCCUACCCCGUCCGCGAGCACGCCACCGCCCUGCACCCGGAGCGCGUGCUCUUCGUCGACGUAGGAGGCUGCUUCGGGCAGCAGGCCAUCGCGUUCCGGAACCGCUACCCCGAUCUCGCAGGGCGCGUCGUCGUCCAGGAUCUGGCGCCGACGCUGCAGCAUGCCAUCCAGCAUGCGGGGGUGGAGACGAUGGAGCAGGAUCUCUUCCAGCCGCAGGGGGCGAAAUUCUAUUCCUCCGGGAACAUCUUCCACGAUUGGCCGGAUGACAAGGCGCGGAUCAUCCUCCAGAACACGAUCGAGGCGAUGGCGGAGGACUCGAUCAUCUUGGUUGACGACACGGUGCUUCCAAAUGCCGGCGUGCAUUGGCAGGCUGCGCAGCUGGAUAUCCUCAUGAUGACGACGUUGGCGGCGCGGAAGCGGACGAGUUGCUGCAGAGUGCCGGGUUAA